GCGGCUAAUGGCUCACUCGACCCUCUUCAAUUCCUUCUUUCCUCUCACUCAACCAUGGCUCAGGAGCUUCUCUCUUGAUAAUGGUUUCUCUCUCAAGAUGGGUUUCUCUCUCAAGACCUCUUGGUCCAGAAGUUUCUCUCUCAAGACCAUGUUGAAAGGUGAGAGCUUUACAUGGGACCAAGUUCUUGGGAUUGCCAUUGCAGAAGAUGAAGCACAGCAGCUUUCAGGGCUCAAUGGCUACCUCGACAAGGUUCGAAUCUGUAAUCGUCGAUAUGAAGCGAGGUCUAUGUUCAUGCCUUUCAUUCUAGAGGAUGAGAUUGUUGGAUAUGUUCAUCCUGGCUUUGUGGAGCAUCUGAGAAAGUUUCCAAAUGUGUUUACCCUAACAAAGGAUCGCGGUUAUGGUGACCAUGGUGCUGAUUUUCUCACUUUACAUCCAUCACUGGUAUCACCAACAGAUAGAACAGAAGCAGUAGGAGAUGCAAUAACAUGCUUAGAUGAGGGAAUCAUUCCAGGUAUACGGAAUGAGCUCUACCCUGUGACUUCGUCAUAUGGAAAACCAGUGUUCUUCUCAUUGGAACGUGCUGCGGCUCCUUACUUUGGUAUCAAGGCAUAUGGUGUGCAUAUGAAUGGUUACGUUAAUAAAAAUGGAGAGAAACAUCUUUGGAUAGGAAAGAGGAGUAAUUCAAAACCCACUUAUCCAGGGAUGCUUGAUCAUCUUGUUGCUGGGGGAUUGCCAUAUGGAAUUUCUUGCAAAGAGAAUAUUUUGAAGGAAUGCAAGGAGGAAGCAGGAAUUCCAAUAACUAUAUCUGAUACGGUCGUCCCAGCUGGAGCUGUUUCUUAUAUGGAGAUUGAUGGACUUAGGUACAAGAGAGAUGUUCUAUUUUGCUUUGAUUUGCAACUCCCUGAUGGUUUCAUUCCUGCUAAUGAGGAUGGCGAGGUUGAAAGCUUUAAGUUAUUCCCAGUGCCCCAAGUCGCCAAUAUUAUUCGGAGAACAGAAUUUUUCAAGCCAAAUUGCUCGCUUGUUAUCAUUGAUUUCCUAUUUCGUCAUGGGUAUAUAAGUCCAGAUGAGCAGGGAUAUCUUCAACUGCUUCAGGGCUUGAGGAGUGGAGACUGCUCCUGAUUCUUCUUUCUUGUUUUUUUUUUCUUUUGGGGGUGCGGGGGGAUGUAAGAUAUGCAGCUUAAUGUGCAAGUAUGUAAUGGUUGCAAACAUCUUUCGGUUUUGAGGCAAUUGGUGUUGGCAUCAUUUUAUACUCUCAAUGUAUAAUUUACCUAAUUAUUUAUUAAUAGGGAAAGGGGCUGGGGUCGUGGUGGUAGCACCCUCGUAUUUCAGUC